AUGGCAGUCGCUCUUAUGAAAAUGAAUGAACCAGUCAUUGAAGAUAAUAUACAAGGCCAAGUUAUUGCAGGACCAAGUAACCAAAUAAAUUUGCCUUCGAAUCCAAAUUAUAAACAAUCAUCAAAAAGCGCAUUACCUAUGGAAGUUCGAGUUGAUAAUGUCGGUCACGUGAUUGUAGAAGACGAAAAUAAAGCAAGAAGACGAUGUAGAUAGUGUAAAAAUAACACUAUGUACAUGUGUGUCAAGUGUCGAGUGCAUCUUCACGAAAACUGCUUUGAACAAUUUCACACUAAAUAAUAUAAAUUGUUAAUCCCAAUGUUGUGUAUACGCAACAUUUUAUUAUAGAAAAACUAAAAAAGUAUAAUUUUUUUUGACUUGAUAAAUUGUUAUUUUAGUAUAUAUUAAACUAAUAAAAUACACUGAAAACAUAAAAUUUGUUUAUUUCUAACCUUGGAAACUAAUGGGUUAAGUCGUUAUCGCAAUUGUUAAUGUUAUCGAUUCCAAGUAUGAAGAAUUAACUUACCGAACGGCCAAACCAGAAUGCAGGGAGCCUGAUAUUACAGAGAUAGAAAGAUCGCCUCCUAGUGGUACCCUCCGGACAACGAUUCGUUUUCUUAAGACGAACGGCUAAAGAUCUUUCAACUCGGUGGCCAAACUAGCUUAUAACGCUCUCCUGGCCCGGUUACAUGCAAUCAAACCGAACUCAACCGAAUCGAAAGAUUCUACCCAAAAACGGCCCUUCUCAGGGCCAUCGGACAAGAAAGAUAGGGCCUACCCUACGCAUUUGCCAAAUCAAUAUUGAAGGUAUUAGCAGAUCAAAAAGUGACUAAAUCUCCCGUAUCCUCAGGGAACAAGACGUCGACAUAGUGGCAAUCCAAGAAACCCACACUCAAGAUGAAACCCAACUCAAUACCAGAGGCAAGAUACACGGAUACACUAUAAUCGGUGCUACAUACUACCGCUCACACGGGAUAGCUACUUACGCCCGAAAUAACCUAGAAGAGAUCAAGCUUGAAAGCGUAUCAACCCUAUACGACAUCCAUAUCGUCAAAGUCAAUGUCGGACAGACCACAAUUAUUAACGUGUAUAAACCACCAACUACUAUAUGGCCAAACCACGUCCUAGGAAACAUCUCCCAUCCAACAAUAGUCAUUGGUGACUUUAACAGCCACCACGUGACUUGGAAGUAUUCCAACAACAACAUAAACGGAGAGAUGCUCGUAUCAUGGGCUGAAACUAACAACGCCCAUUUAGUUUUCGAUGCUAAAUCAAAAGGCACAUUUAAGUCAGGUAGAUGGAAAAGAGAGUAUAAUCUCGACCUCUGCUUUGUUUCAGUAACAACAAACAACUUACCCAUAGCAGCCAGCCGAACAGUUAUGAACGACUUCCCAAAUAGUCAACACCGAACUAUCCUAAUUGAAAUCGGGCUCCAAAUCCCACUAAUUAACUCUACUCCUUACCCCAGAUGGAACUUUAACAAAGCUGCAUGGGAAAACUAUGCAAAUGAACUAAACAAAUGCAUCCGGUUUAUCCCACCUACACGUUCGAACUACAAUAGAUUUUUGGGACUCAUCACUGCUAUUGUUAAAAAACACAUGCCAAGAGGCUAUAGGAAAGUAUACGUCCCUGGCUGGAACGAACUAAGUGAAAACCAAUAUUCAGAAUAUAUGAACGGAAACAUAGAUGUGGCGGACGAUCUUCUAAUCAGCCUUGAUAAAUCCAGGAAGGAAAAAUGGAAUAAAACAAUAACAGCCCUGGAUUUUAGACACUCUAGUAGGAAAACAUGGAGCUUACUCAAGAUAUUGGGAGAUAAACAAUACACUAGACGAAAGGAUACAUCAAUCUCACCUAACCAAGUUGCUAACCACAUAGUAAAUGUAUCGAAAAUGCCUUCGAGCAAGAGACACACAACAUAG